AAUUAAAUGAACAGAGUUGAGGUGGACAUUUUAAACAGACAGAAUCGAUGAUCUACAAUACAUAAUAUCUAUAAAUCUUUAAAGAAUCGCUAAUAAAUACUAAAGCAGGAGUUUGUUGUGUAGUUAUCCCAUGGGAAUUUGAAUCAGAGUCUGUGCAGAUCAAACUGUUCAGAUCCAUCAUGGAUGAAACACAAACAUCUGGAGAUGAAGAUCUGUUUCCAGCACACAGAUCAGUUCAUCAGAAGAGAUCAGAAGCAGAGUUCAGCUGUGUGUCUGUAAAGAGUGACAGGUCUAUGGAUCCACCAAAAAACUUUAAGAGUGGAGAUUCACAGCCUGUUCUCAGUUCAGUUCAUCAGAAGAGAUCAGAAGCAGAGUCCAGCUGUGUGUCUGUGAAGAGUGACAGGUCUAUGGAUCCACCAAAAAACUUUAAGAGUGGAGAUUCACAGCCUGUUCUCAGUUCAGUUCAUCAGAAGAGAUCAGAAGCAGAGUCCAGCUGUGUGUCUGUAAAGAGUGACAGGUCUAUGGAUCCACCAAAAAACUUUAAGAGUGGAGAUUCACAGCCUGUUCUCAGUUCAGUUCAUCAGAAGAGAUCAGAAGCAGAGUCCAGCUGUGUGUCUGUGAAGAGUGACAGGUCUAUGGAUCCACCAAAAAACUUUAAGAGUGGAGAUACACAACCUAUUCUCAGUUCAGUUCAUCAGAAGAGAUCAGAAGCAGAGUCCAGCUGUGUGUCUGUGAAGAGUGACAGGUCUAUGGAUCCACCAAAAAACUUUAAGAGUGGAGAUACACAACCUAUUCUCAGUUCAGUUCAUCAGAAGAGAUCAGAAGAGUCCAGCUCUGUGUCUAUGAAGAGUGACGCGUCUAUGAUUCAGCCAAUAAUGUUUAACAGUGGAGUUUCACAGCCUGAUCGCAGCAAUGAAGUCCUCAACAUGUUUAGAUCAAAUCUGCUGAAGAAGUUUGCGUGUCUGUAUGAGGGAACAGCGACUCAGAGAAACCCAACACUGCUGAAUGAGAUCUACACAGAGCUCUACAUCACAGAGAGUGAGAGAGGAGAGAUCAGUAAUGAACAUGAGGUGAGACAGAUUGAGACACAAUCCAGGAGAGCAGCAACAGAGGACACAGCCAUCAAAUGCAGUGACAUCUUUAGACCUUUACCUGGACAAGACAAAGCCAUCAGAACUGUGCUGACAAAGGGAGUCACUGGCAUUGGAAAAACAGUCUCUGUGCAGAAGUUCAUCCUGGACUGGGCUGAAGGACAAGAGAAUCAGGACGUCCAGCUCAUAUUUCCACUUCCUUUCAGAGAAAUCAACCUGAUGAAGGACAAAACACUCAGUCUUUCAGAUCUUCUUCAUGUGUUUUUCCCUGAAACUAAAGAAAUGGAAAUAUCCAGUGAUGAAUGUAAAGUGUUGUUCGUCUUUGAUGGUCUGGAUGAGUGUCGUCUGUCUCUGAAGUUUAAGAGUAAAGUGAAACGGUUUAAUAUAUCUGAAACAGCCUCAGUGGAUGUGCUGUUGAUGAACCUCAUUGUGGGGAAUCUGCUUCCCUCUGCUCUCAUCUGGAUCACCUCCAGACCAGCAGCAGCUGAUCUCAUCCCCUCUGAGUGUGUCCAUCGAGUGACAGAGGUACGAGGCUUCAAUGAUCCACAGAAGGAGGAAUACUUCAGGAAGAGAAUCAGUGAUCAGAGUCUGGCCGACAGGAUCAUCUCACACCUGAAGUCAUCAAGGAGCCUCUACAUCAUGUGCCACAUCCCAGUCUUCUGCUGGAUCUCAGCCGCUGUUCUGGAGAAGAUGUUGAGUCGAGGAAAGAGAGGAGAGAUUCCCAAGACUCUCACUCAGAUGUACACACACUUCCUGAUCCUUCAGACCAACAUCAAACAUCAGAAGGACUAUGAGAAGAAGGUGACAGAUGAAGACAUGAUCCUCAAACUGGGGAAACUGGCUUUUCGUCAGCUUGUGAAAGGAAACCUGAUCUUCUAUGAUGAAGACCUGAGAGGGUGUGACAUUGAUGUGACAGAAGCAGCAGUGUACUCAGGAUUGUGCACUCAGAUCUUCAGAGAAGAGUUGGGCUUGUAUCAGGGGAAAGUCUUCUGCUUUGUUCAUCUGAGCCUUCAGGAACAUCUAGCAGCUCUGUAUGUGCACCUCUCCUUUACAGUCAAGAGGAGAAAUGUGUUUGACCAAACCAUACAGAGACGGUUGUCCAAGAUUUUUAACCAGAAGAAAUAUAAUUCACUAUCUGAGCUGCAUCAGAGAGCUGUGGAUGAAGCAUUACAGAGUAAGAAAGGACAUCUGGAUCUUUUCCUGCGUUUUCUUCUGGGUCUCUCAGUGGAGUCCAAUCAGACUUUCUUACGAAAACUACUGACACAGACAGGAAGCUGCUCCCACAACAAAGAGAAAACAGUUCAGUUCAUCAAACAGAAAAUCAGGGAGAAUCGCUCUCCAGAGAAAUCCAUCAAUCUGUUUCACUGUCUGAAUGAACUGGGUGAUGAUUCACUGAUGCAGGAGAUCCA